AAAAAAUCGGUCGUUGUAUAUAAGCAAAGAAAGUUUGUACCAAGGUAGAUCUACCUUGGUUUUGUGCUAAAGUUUUUUAAAGUUUUUCUACUCGGGGCCCUGUUAUUGUUAUUAAAUAGAAUUAAUUCAUAAAAAAUACAUAUAUUAUAGAAAAAGUUUUGUAGUUAACCAUGGCGUCUGUCCAAGAAAAGUUCCAAGCAGCUGUGAAUGUUAUAAAAAACUUGCCAAAAAAUGGGCCUUAUCAGCCUAGUACAAUGAUGAUGCUUAAAUUUUAUGGUCUCUUUAAACAGGCAACGGAAGGACCAUGCUCAUCGAAGAGACCAGCUUUUUGGGAUGUAGUUGGGAAAGCUAAAUACGAUGCUUGGAAUUCAAAUAGGCAUUUAACAAAAGAACAAGCUAUGCAGAAAUAUGUGGAAGGAUUACAAGAAAUUAUUGAAACCAUGUCAUUCACCGAAAAUGUUCAAAAUUUUGUUGGCAGUUUACAAGGUUUGGAGAAUAUAAAUCUGGAUGAGUUAGAAAUUAUAGCACCUGGUAUGAAAAAACUUGCUGAAUCACAUCCUAGUUCACCGUUUAACUCACGAACAAACAGUCCACAACACGGGGCCAGCAGUAACAUCAUAGUUGACGAAGAGCCACUUACAAAUGGACACGACUCUUCAGCGGAAGAUGUUGAAUUGGAAAAUCCAACAACAGUUCUACCCAAUGAAACACAAACAAAUGUCCCAGAAACGUACAAUAUAUAUUCACAAACCAAUGGAAAUGUUGAUCAGUCCGACGAUGAAGAAUAUGUGGAUCCGUUUGAUAUACAACACGAAUUGAAUGAAUCAUUACAACAGAAUAACCAUAUUUUAAAACAGGUACAAGAUACGGUGACGAGAAUGAAUCUAGAUAUUUCAUCUGUUAAUCAACGUAUCUUCGAUUUGGAGAAAACCGUACGAGAUCUCAAAUUGGCACUUUCCAAAAACACUCUGAGUACGACGUCUAAGGGCACAUUGGAACGCAAACAGAAAUAUCCCAAUUGGUGGCCGCUGGAAGGCAUUUCACCACUGUGGUUUAUUUUGCUUAUACUGUGGCCGUUUAUUGCCAGGAGAUUGGGCAAGAUGUUGACAAAGCCCCAACGAAAUUAAAUAAAUAGAAUAGGCAAUUUUUUGUUAAGGUU